AUGUCUUCUACUACCUUCAACCCACCGGUGGCUCUGGAUGCCAUCACCCAGCAGAUUGGCAACACACCCCUUGUUCGCCUGAACCGUCUGCCCCGCAGCCUUGGAAUCGAUGCCACCGUUUACGCCAAAUUGGAAUACUUCAAUGCCGGUGGCAGUGUUAAGGAUCGCAUUGCCUUGCGCAUGAUUGAGGAAGCCGAGCGAGAGGGUCGUAUCAAGCCUGGUGACACUCUCAUCGAGCCUACCAGUGGCAACACUGGUAUUGGCCUGGCGCUGGUUGGUGCUGUUAAGGGCUACAAGACCAUCAUCACCCUCCCCGAGAAGAUGUCCGCCGAGAAAGUCGCCGUCCUGCGCGCCUUGAACGCCACGAUCAUCCGUACCCCCAAUGAGGCCGCCUACGACUCGCCCGAGUCCCACAUUGGUGUCGCCAAGCGUCUCGAGAAGGAAUUGCCCAAUGCCCACAUUUUGGACCAGUACGGCAACGUGAACAACCCUUUGGCCCACGAGCUCGGUACCGCCGAGGAGAUCUGGAACCAGACCAAUGGCCAGAUCAAGGCUAUUGUCGCUGGCGCAGGAACUGGUGGUACCAUCACUGGUCUUGCUCGCGGUCUUAAGAAGCACAACGCCGAUAUCAAGGUGAUCGCCGCCGAUCCCUUCGGUUCCAUUUUGGCUUUGCCUAGCACCCUCAACGAUGCUCGCGCCAACGAGCCCUACAAGGUUGAGGGCAUUGGAUAUGAUUUCAUUCCCGAUGUUCUUGACCGGGAGGCUGUGGACCACUGGUACAAGACUGCCGAUAAGGAGUCUUUCAAGUUCUCUCGCCAAUUGAUUGCCCAGGAGGGUCUGCUGGUUGGUGGUAGCAGUGGCAGUGCCAUUGCUGCUCUCGUCAAGGCCAACGAGGAACACAAAUUCUCCAAGGACGACGUUCUGGUUGUGGUGCUCCCCGACAGCAUCAGAAGUUACCUCACCAAGUUCGCUGAUGAUGACUGGCUCGCCGCCAACGACCUGCUCCCCCAACUCCCCGCUGAAGUUGCCACGACAACUGAGAUCGAGCCCGAGUCCAACCCUCUGGCCGAUGCCAAGGUCAGCGCUCUGCGCCUGAAGCCCAUUACCACCGUCACAUCCAGCUCGCCCUGCGAGACUGCCAUUGAAAUCAUGCGCGACAGAGGCUUCGACCAGCUUCCCGUCCUUGCCCCCUCCGGCCGCAAGCUCGUUGGUCUCGUCACUCUGGGUAACGUGCUCAGCCGACUGACUCACGGCCGUGCCUCCGGCCAAAGCCCUGUCGCCGAUGUUAUGUUUGACUUCUCCAAGAUUUCCGAGGUUGUCACCGAUCCCCGUGAUCUCGGCAAGGGCAAGGACAUCGUUAAGCCCCAGGCUCGCAGCCGUAGCUUCAUUGAGAUCACUAUGGAUACCCCUCUCAGUGUGCUGAACCGCUUUUUCGAGUGGAACAGUGCCGCUGUCGUUACUGAGAAGGAUGAGAGCGGUGCUAUGAAGCCUCUGGCCGUUGUCACCAAGGUCGAUCUUCUCACCUGGAUGCUGCACCAGAGCAAGGCGAACAAGGCCUAG